GGACAACCUCACACGGGACCAUUUUCCCUCGCUACCCUAGGCCACUUCAUUGUUCAUCCUAUUUAUUCUUUUCCCCCUGCGGCUGGUCCGCUAUAAUGCUCUAUCUCUGGCUCAGUCUUCCUAUCCAUGAUACAGUGGUGUUUUAUCUUGACGAAUACACACGCGCCGAUUUGGUCAACCGAUUCGGCGGGAAGGUCCGACGGUUAUUUUUACUUCCUCUGCAGCAGAGGUCCGUCGUGCUGGGAGGUUGCAAAAAAGGUGGACAUAUUCGAUGGCAUCAACUCGCGACAGAGGAGGAGGUGCUCUCGUCGGACUUCCGAGAUGGGUGUUUAAAUAUCCACGUAGUCUCGGUCGGCAUUGAGGAUCCUGGUGCAGGCGUUCUUGCCAUGAGCGCAACGGAUCUCCGAAAGUUUACGCACGACUUCGGUGUUGAUUUGGAUGAGAUCCGGAAACUGGGGAAAGAAGAAAUGGAAUGCCUCUUUGGAUGGCUCCGCGAUGCCGGCAUGCUCGACUAUUCUGACGUGCUGCUAAACCAAGUGCCAGCCUAUAUUAACUUGCCUGAAGCACUGGCUCAAAUCCCUCUUAUGACGCGAACGCCGGUGACGAAAUCGAUUGCUCAUUCGACUCCUUCCUAAAACAAUACGGCCCUUCCGCUGAGCUGCCGCAUACUGUUUCUCCUCAGCAGGAACCAGUCACACCUCCCCAAUCCAGGGCAGAAGCGUCCUCAUACCCGACACCUCUCUCCUCCGUCAACUCACCCCC